AUGUCCCCCAAGCACAGAGCGGCAUCGACCCCAAGAGCGGCAGGAGGGGGGCUGGUGGGGGAAAUACAGGGUGAGAACGCAAGUGUAUGGGGAGGAGAGGGGGAGAGCGGAGAGGGGGGAACAGGCGCAGUGAGUGGAGCAGAGGGAGCAGCAAGGGCAAUGAGUGGCAUGGACGGGGAAGGGGAGGUGGAGGGGGCAGAGGAUGAGGGGUCAGCGAGCAGGGCGUGCAUGGACGUGUGGGUGCAGCGCUACCUGCACUGGCCUCCCGUGCAACGCGCCAUCCAUGCCAUGCCCGCCGCUGCUGGUGGCCAGCCCCACCACUGGCUGCCCUGCAGCGCAUCACUGCAGUACGCCAGUGGGGACAUGGAGGUCUCGAUGCUGCCCGUGCUGCACCGCCUGCUAGCAGCCCAAGUGCCCCUCUGGAUCAUGUCCGGCGACACGGACUCAGUGGUACCGUUCACGGGCACGAGGCAGUGGGUGGCGGGGCUCAACCUGCCGCUGCUCGCCGCCCUCCACCCCUGGACGCUGCCCUCCACCCAGGUUGGGGGGUGGGUGACGCGGUACAAGGGCCUGACAUUUGUGACGGUGCGGGGGGCGGGCCACCAGAUCCCCACGGGGCGACCCGCUAACACGUUAACACACUAA